AUGUACAAUCACGAUUUUGAAACAGGUGACCUGGUCCUCAUAAGGAACAGCAGACAGGAUGGCCCCCUCCAUGAUAAGAUGCAGAGUCGAUAUAUGGGACCAUAUAUUGUUGUUAAGCAGAGAUCCAGAGGCACAUACAUAGUGGCUGAACUUGAUGGUUUGAUAUUCCAGCAUACAAUUGCCAAGUUCAGGGUGAUACCCUACCUGGCCCGGAAAGACAUGUUGAGCAUGGUAGAGAUAGUCCUUUGA